CUGCAUAUCACUACUGAAUUGCCAAGAAGCUUCCUCAGCUAGAGAAGGGAUCGGCACUGUAUUGGCGCGGUUGGUUGGCUAGCAAGCAUCUGUCUUCCAGAAAUGUGGUCGCUUUUAACUCGAUCUGCCAUAUGAAAAUGUUAGGGAGUCGACGAUAUCACUGUCUGACCCGACGACAUCGUUGACGAAUAGCACAACAACGCCGGGUUGAGUAGUAGUAGUAUGCUGGACGUGGGGAAGUGGCCAGUGUUUGCUCUCCUGCCUCCAGAGGAACUGCGUCUGAUACGACAGGCCUGUGUGUUCGGCAGCGCUGCCAACGAAGCCCUCUAUGUCACCGUCAACGAUGAGGUGUUUGCCCUGGGCACCAACUGUAGUGGCUGUCUGGGUCUGGGGGACCUGCAGAGUACCAUAGAGCCCCGCAGGAUCGACGUGCUAUGUGGGAAGAAGAUAGUCUCUCUGAGCUACGGAACAGGACCACAUGUAGUCAUCGCUACUGCCGAUGGAGAGGUGUUUGCCUGGGGACACAACGGCUACAGCCAGCUGGGCAAUGGGACCACCAACCACGGCUUGACCCCAGCCCAGGUCUCCACUAACCUGCUCAACAAGAGGGUGACGGAGGUGGCCUGUGGCUCUCACCACACCAUCGCCCUCACUACCGACGGAGAGGUGUUUGCAUGGGGUUACAACAACUCUGGCCAGGUGGGGUCAGGGUCGACGGCCAACCAGCCCACGCCGCGCCGGGUCAGCAGCUGCCUGCAGAACAAAGUAGUGGUUAAUAUCGCCUGUGGUCAGCUCUGUUCCAUGGCUGUGCUGGACAAUGGAGAGACCUAUGGUUGGGGCUAUAACUGUAACGGGCAACUUGGUCUGGGCAACAAUGGGAACCAGCAGACCCCGUGUAGGAUCGCAGCUCUACAGGGAGUCAACAUUAUACAGGUUACUUGUGGCUACGCCCAUACGCUGGCGCUGACAGACGAGGGCUUUAUUUACGCUUGGGGGGCCAACUCUUACGGGCAGCUGGGGACAGGCAACAAGAGUAACCAGGCUGUCCCCACACUCAUCAACACAGACAAGGAGAGGAUGGUGGAGGUGGCAGCGUGUCACACCAGCCAUACGUCUGCAGCUAAGACUCAGAGCGGCCAGGUGCUGAUGUGGGGUCAGUGUCGGGGUCAAGCUGUAGCCUGCCCUCAUCUCACUCACUUCGGCAGCACUGAUGAUGUCUUUGCAUGCUUCGCCACGCCCGCGGUCACAUGGCACCUCCUCACCGUGGAUGGUGAUGACUACUUGACAGUUGCCCAGUCUCUGAAGAGGGAGUUUGACAGUCCGGACAUCUCAGAUCUCAAGUUCCUUGUGGAUGGAAAGUGUAUCCACGUGCAUAAAGCCCUCCUGAAGAUCAGGUACCUAAAGGACUGAGUUUACACAGGCAGGCCAAUUCACAUCUUUUAUACC